AUGCUUCUUAGUUUAUAUUUUGUCAAUACUCUUAUACCAUUUUCAAAUGAACAAUUACUUAUUAUUAAUAAAGGUUUAAAAUAUAUUCCACCAUGCCAAAGUUAUUUUUAUUAUCGACAACCUAUAGAAAAAAUUAUUGAACGAGAAUAUAAACGCCUUCAUGGUGAAAAUGUUAAAAAUCUUACCGAUUAUAUUUUUCCAACUGAUGAUACACGUGCUCUCGAAUAUUUCAAUGAAAUAAAAAAUUUACUUGAACAAUUAUACACGAAACCAUUACCAACAAAAUUAAAACGACAUGCACGAUAUAUGUACAAUUUGAUAAAGUUAAUGCAGCGUAAAUUACGAAAAGCGAAUAUUGCUGUUGGUCAAACGGAUAAAAGUAAACUCUUCUUUUUUAUUGAUGCAAAAGAAUAUGAAGAAAAAAUUACUACUUAUAUGAACAAAACCAAUGCUUAUGAAGAAAUUACCAGUGGUAUUUGUCCAUUAGCAAAUGAUUUACAUUUAGUAAUAUUAGUACUUGAUUAUUUACUUGAACGGAAUCAAAUUACCAAAGAACAACGAAAAGAAAUGUAUCCAAAUGUAAAAACAUUAGAAUUAGCUCAUAUUUACUUUAAUCUUAAAGUACAUAAGCCUGAAAUGUCAGUUCGACCUAUUGUUGCUUCAAUUAAUGCACCAGCUAGAAAAAUUUCAGCUUUUCUUGAUGAACUUCUUACGCCAACUUAUAAUUAUGUUACCAAAGAUAUUACUUUCAUCAAUGGCGUCGAUGUGAUACGAAAAUUAAAAGACUAUCAAGAACAUGGUCAUCUGACUUCAACAACAUUAUUUGUUAUAUUUGAUGUGGCUGAUUUAUAUACAAUGAUACCACGUGAGGGUGCUAUAGCUGCUUUAACUCGAUUUUGUAAAAAAUAUUCUGUUCAUGGAAAAAUUGGAAAUGUGAACAUAGAUACUAUUAUUCAAUUAGCAUGUGUUGUUUUAGAUACCAAUUCAUUUGCUUAUAGAAAUAAAUAUUAUCGACAAAUUAAAGGUGGAGCUAUGGGUUCACCAUUUACUAUGGUUUUAGCUAAUAUUUAUAUGUUAGAAUGGGAACAAAAAUUAAUUCAACAUCAACAACAAUAUCAUGAAAUAUAUGGAAGAUAUAUUGAUGAUGUGUUUAUGACCACUAAUUUAUCCCAAGAAGAAAUUUUGAAAGAAAUUGAUAAAACAACUGUUACAGAUUCAAAUAUUAAAAUUACUACUUCAAUUAAUCAAGCAUUACAAUAUCUUGAUGUUACAAUUGAAAAUGAUAAUGGUCAUUUAAGAACAUCUAUUUAUCAUAAAUCUGCUUGUGAACCCUAUAUUCUACCUUAUGAAUCUGAUCAUCCAAGACACGUUCAUGCCAAUAUAAUUUCUACUGCAUUAGUUCGAGCAGCACGUCUUUGUUCAACUGUUGAAGAUUUUGAUAUGGAACGAUUAAGUUUGGAAAUGAUAUUAUUAGUCAAUGGUUAUCCACCACAAUUUAUACAGAGACAUAUGAAAAGUUUCUUUAUUAAAUAUGAUGCUAUGAAUGUGUGGACUGAAUUAACAGGUGAAUUAUAUCAGCAACUCCAUCAUACAUUACUUUACAAAGAAACAAGAAGAGAACUGGAAAUGAAAAACCAAAUUCAAGAUAAUUUAAUUUUAAAGAAAAAAAAAUAUGAACAUAAAGAUGAAAUUUAUCUUCAUUAUACAUUUGAAAAUGGACCAUUAUUAAAUUUCAAAAAACAAUAUCGUCAAAUAUGGGAAAAAUAUUAUGUUUAUCCAGGAUCACGUUUGAAAAAUACACGACUCAUUCUUGGAACAAUAUUAAAUCGAACAUUACAAAGUCUUUUGAUUCAUAAAAAACCUAAACGUGAUAUGCUACGGAAAAUGCAACCAACUACAGAAACAGCUCGUAGAACAAUAAACAAAAUAUUGACUCAUUGA